AUGUAUUUGUCGUUAUCCAACCCGGUCAUAUUGCCACCUCUAAUCUGUAUUCAUUUCGUACAGCUGGGACAGCAACUCCCUACGAAGGCUUCAACUUCUGAAUGUAGCAUAAUUUGUGUCCAAGGCUACAAAGUGAAACAUAGUGUUGCACCAAUUCUUGAAGCCAUAUUUAAGAAACAUGGUGAUAUUGCAGCUGAAUGUAUAUUCACUAUAGCUUCUGUGAGAGCAACUUUGCUAGAGGUUGUGUGUGAGGUUGUCAUGCAAAUUGAAGUCAAUGAUGGUAUUGAGAAAAUGGAAGAAAUUGAGUCCCAUUUGACACAGGCAGAGGCAGCUAAAAUUGAUGUGUCGUGGCUUCGGGUCCACUUGGAAGCCAUUUACAGAAACAAAAGGAAGGAGGUCAAGAAAAAGUGGAGUUCGCUUAUGGAAACAAAAGUAAACACUGUAUUAGUUCAAAAGGCUGCCAAAAUGGAUCUGAUAGAGAGACGUGCUGAGCUCGUGACAGUGCAACAACGAUUUGAAGAGGCUGAAAGGUGCGUGAGAGUACUUCAUCUUGUUGAAAAGAAGCUAGAUAAAGAUAUUUUGGACUCUAAGGCUGAAAAAGACUCGUGGGGAAGACAACUAAUGUUUUAGGCUAACUAUAUUAUGAUAGAUGUGUUAUAGUAGAUCGCCAGACUCAUGUCUAAACUUUAAUUUUGUCUAAUGG